GCCAUUGCUUCGUAGAGUGCCCACCAACCUCAGAAUAUUGUUUGUGUAUUGUUCUUUUGACAAUGUAAACAUGAACAAAUGGGAAUCAUGAGGCUCCGGGCGUCCGGUGAUCACUGCGAGUCGUGUGAAACAUGAGAUUUGCUGAGAGGAUCAUCAGAGAAAGAGGACGAUUAAAGCUGCCGAGAAAAUGACGGCGAAAACAGUAUUUAUAACGCAGGAGAGUCCAGCUAAUGCACUGGCACUCAACAAGGAUAACUCGCAGGUUGUCAUUGCUGGGAGAAAUGUCUUCAAAAUAUUUACUCUGCAAGAGGACAAGUUCGAGGAGGCGCACAAUCUGAGAGUUGGGAAGAACCUGAAUCUUAAUUUUUCGUGCAAUGAUGUGGCCUGGAAUCUCACUGAUGACCACGUCCUGGCGACAGCCGCAACCAACGGCGCAGUGGUGGUCUGGAACCUGAACAAGACAUCGCGCUCGAAGCAGGACCACGUGUUCGCGGACCACAAGCGCACCGUGAACAAGGUGAGCUUCCACAUGACGGAGCCGACAUGCCUGAUCUCGGGCUCGCAGGACGGCACGAUGAAGUACUUCGACCUGCGGACGAAGGAGGCCACGAAGACCUUCUACAGCAACACCGAGUCAGUCCGGGACGUGCAGUUCUCCCCUCACCAGGCGCACACCUUCGCCGCAGUCUCGGAGAACGGUCACGUGCAGCAGUGGGACCUGCGCCGCUCGGACCGCUACUUCCAGCACUUCACAGCGCACAGUGGGCCGAUCUUCGCGUGCGACUGGCACCCGGAGUCCACCUGGCUGGCGACAGCCUCCCGCGACAAGACAAUAAAGGUCUGGGACCUGUCGGUGAAGCCAACCUGCGACUACACGAUAAACACGAUAGCCUCAGUGGGUAGAAUCCGCUGGCGGCCCCAGAGGAAGUACCACAUCGCCAGCUGUGCGCUGGUGGUGGACUGCAGCAUCAACAUCUGGGACAUAAGACGUCCCUACAUUCCCUUCGCGAGCUUCAACGAGCACAAGGACGUGCCCACAGGAGUGGCCUGGCGAGGGGACCCCCAGUCCUUCCUGUCGACGAGUCGAGACUGCACGCUGUACCACCACGUCUUCAGGGACGCGACGAGGCCGGCCAGCAGGGCGAACCCCCAGGGGAUAGCCCUCAACGUCCGCGGGGACGUGGCCUACGCCUGCAAGGUCAGCGCCAGUCCCCCAGCCACUGCCAAGCUCUCCAGCAUGAUGAGGAAGGCCCCGGCCAGCAGCGACACCUUCUGCAUGGCCUCCAGCGUGAUGCACAGGUUCACGAGGUUCCCCAACGCCUGCGAGUCCAGGGAGCACGAGCCCAAGUGCUUCAAGCACUGCGCCGAGGGCUACAUUCUCCAUGGCAAGCUGAACGACGUCUGCGAGCACAACGCACUGGUGGCGACUGAAUGCGGGAGGAGCGACAUCAGCAGUGUCUGGAGAAUUGUCAAGACACUUUACGCGAAUCAGAAUGGAAACAUCCUGAAGAAUACCCCAGUCACGAAGGACGAUGGACUGACGACGAACGCCUUGAACCUCACGCAGUUGACGUUGUCCUCUGGGAUUGAUGUCUCGCAGGGGGGGCAGUCGCACAUUCACGAGAACGAUGUGAGGUCUCUGCAGGGGGACCCUCGGGACGGCUUCGGGGGGAUCAGCGGGGGGGACGACGAGACUGAGACCGACGACACCCCGGAGAAUCAUAAUUACUUGCAUGGCGGGGCCAUCGGGGCCAUUCCGGAUUACAGGAAGCUGGUGAAUGGGAGGAAGAGACCCAGGGGGGACUUCUACUUUGGGGAAGGGGAACUCGAGGCUGAGAAUAUGUCCAUGGAGUAUCCUGGAGACUAUCUCGAGAACAUCAUGAAUAACGAGAGUGACUGGACCCUUCCCAAGGAGGCGUUUCCCCUCAGGCAUGAGAUUCAGGACAGGUCGCCUCCCCCUGAACAGUUUCCGAAUAAUUCUCCUGAGAUUAAUGAUGACUCUGGCUCGGUUACUGUCGAGGAUCAACCCUGCCAGCUCAUUGUCACUGCUGUUCCCAAACCCAUGUUCUGGAAUCCAGCUAGGCUCGUGGACGAGGCGCUGAGGCAUCAUGCUGCGGUGAGGGACGUGCAGACAGCUGCUUCGGUUCUUAUUGCUCUUGGGGAGCGGCGCAGGGAGCUUAAUAUCGAGGUUGCCAUUCAGGAGCACUGGCUGCUGGAGUACAUCGACAUGCUGGGGAGGUUCAAGCUUUAUGAUGUCAUCACGCAGAUCAUCCAGCUGGCUUGGAUACCCUCGGUGGCGCAGUUGAAUCAACAGUCCACUACUAUUCAUGCCUGCUGCACUGCUUGUACGAAGCCUCUGCAGAGGGCUGCGUGGCUCUGCGACAGGUGCCACACGUCCAGGCACGCAUUGUGCUCCAUUUGCCAUCAGGUUGUCAGGGGGGUUUACGCCUGGUGCCAGGGGUGCACGCAUGGGGGUCAUGUCGUGCAUAUGAGGGAGUGGUUCAGGGGGAACAGACAGUGUCCCACUGGCUGUGGGCAUUUGUGUGAAUAUACUUAGGGGUGAGGUGGGUAGGAGAUUCAGGGGGAAAUUCUGCUGCUUUUUCAUGAGUUUUGUGGAGGGAACGAGUCAAUAGGAAAAUCUGAUGGUGGGGAACGCUGAAUUAGAGGGGGAAUUCUUCCUUUUCUUAGAUUUUUGCAUUUUCAAUACGAAAAUUUCUACUUUGGGGAAGGGGAACUCGAGACUCAGAAUAUAUCCAUGGAGUAUCCUGGGGACUAUCUCGAGAACAUCAUGAAUAACGAGAGUGACUGGACCCUUCCAAAGGAGGCGUUUCCCCUCAGGCAUGAGAUUCUGGACAGGUCGCCUCCCCCUGAACAGUUUCCGAAUAGGAGAUUCAGGGGAAAUUCUGCUGCUUUUUCAUGAGUUUUGUGGAGAGAAAGAGUCAAUAGAAAAAUCUGAUGGAGGGGAACAGUGAAUUAGAGGGAGAAUUCUCGCUGUUCUUCGGUUUCUGCAUUUUGAAUACGAAAAUUACACAAAAAUUAAUUUUUCUAUUUCUGUAAAAAACUUUUUUUCCGGAGAUUCCAUCAAUUUUCAUUUAAAAAAUUGAAAUAAAAAACUGGAAAUAUUUAAGCAGUGGAAUUUCUAUCGAACAAAUCAGAAUACGUUCUAUAGAAUUGAAAAAAACAAUCAGUUUCAUGUCUUUGUUUUCCCUUAGCCAGUUGUAUAUUUUUAAUGUUAUGUUAGUUCAUAUAUAAUUGGUGAAUUUGUAAAUAUGUAUGUAAGAAUGAUAAUUGUUCUGAGAUCCAGUGGAUUCCAAGGAAUUUUUCCCGUGUAUAAAAUCAUCAGUUGACUUUCUGUAAAAAUAAAUUGAAUUGAAUGUUGA